GCAGUACAGUUAAAAAUCAUACUUGUCAUUUUUUUUUGCGGUUUUCAGUUUUCACUGUCAAAUAUGUCAAAUCCGAUUCUGCUAGUAGAAAGGUAAAAAAUAAAAAUAAAAUAUAUUAUAAAAUAGUGCUGCUAAAUAUACACAGGACACAGGGAUUGCCAGUGGCCAGAAUUUUGUAAAAAUAAUUAAUAUUUUUAUAAUCUCAAAAUAAUGAUUUAUUGCUUAUCAAUUUUAUUGUAAAUAUGUGAAGAGUAGUUUCGUAUUUUAGUCAAGUCAAAUUCAUUCUGGAUUCAUUUUUCUGGCCCUGUUGUUCACCUUUUUAAACUGCUCCAAGUAAAAUUGCUUUAAAUUACCAUAUUUGUAUUUCUACCUACUCAUCAUUGAAAUUUAUUGGAUCGAUCAAUAGUUGUUGUUAUUUGUGUAUUCAUUGAAGCAGAAUAAUAGAAUGGCGAGCGGCGAGAAAAAGAGUCCAGAAUUUACCAGGGUAAAGUUGAGAUUGAUGAAUUCGACAAUACAAGCCAGUGAUUCCGAUGCUAGUCUGGAAACUAAUAGUUUAAGUGCUGACAGUGGUACCGAACAAAAUCAAAUUACUCAAAAUGAGGCGAGGAAGAAGCGGAAUAGAAAAGGUUCCGAAUGGGAGAUUAUGGAGGGUUUAAAAGACGGCCAGAGGUUCGAGAAUAAACCGAAUUUGUUUAACGGGUAUUUACAUAAGAAAAGGAAGUGGCCUCUUAAAGGAUGGCAUAAGCGAUAUUUCACACUUAGAGAAGGCAUUCUAAAAUACGGCAAAAAUCCAAUAGACAUAAACAAAGGCAAAAUCCAUGGAACUUUAGACAUAGGCCUUUCUGUUAUUACAACAAAAACUUGUAGGCGUCGCAUAGAUAUCGAUGCCGAAGAAUUUAUCUACCAUUUAAAAGCAAAAACGGAUGAAAUAUUUAGCGGUUGGGUGCAACAGCUUACUGCCCAUCGGCUUUAUCGUCAGCAUAUUAUUACUUAUGGUGCUAACGUUGGUAGUUUGUUUACGGCCACAGAGGGAGUACACCGAGGAAUACACGGAAUUUCUCUAGCCACAUCGGAUAUAACAUCCAAAGAUGGUUCUUUAUCUAGAAAAAUUAAAGGACUACCAGCUAAUGGUAGGUUAGGACUUUGGUUGCAAGAGUCAGUUUCAACUUUGGAAAAAUGCCAAAGAAGUUCGUUGGAAAGUGAAAGGAAGUUGGAAAAGAUGAAUCACUUGUUACAGCAAAUGGAAAACACAAUUACUUUGGAGAGCCUGGAGCCAUCUCAAAGUGUAAAAAAAGACAGAAGAAAAUUUGGGCUUAGGAAAAAGAAGACAAAAACCAACAGUGUCGAUCUGAGUAUUCAAUUUAACAAAUCAUCUGUAAUGGGUGACACUGAAAACACUUCACCGUUAUCUAUGAAUUCAUUUUCGAUGCUUUCCACUUCACACCAACAUAUAAAUACUCUAAGUACCUCCUUACCAGUACCGCCUCAAGCACCUGCAGAAUCGCUUGCUUCUGAUAGUUUUAGUAAUUCUGAUGCUAUAUCUCUAGCUGCUGAUGGACCAAUCAAAGAAGAAUUCAUGGCUUUAGGGAAAACAGUUUUAGGCGAUUUAAAAAACAUAAUAAAUGCGUUAAACACAGAAAGGGAGCGGCUCAAAGCUGCAAUAGAGGCGGAACCCUGUACGUUAUAUAAUAACAGCAAUCAAAAUACGAUAAGCCUUAAGGACGAUCUGGGUAAGAUUCUACAGCAAAACUUGGAUUUGAAAAAUCGUUUAUUAAAAAUUCAUGAAGUUUCUAAUUUGGAGGAAAUAUCUUGUAUGGAUCACGUUACGGAAAAGGGGCAGCUUUAUAAUAGCUCGUUAAGUUAUAGUUCGUCUUGUGUAAGUGCUACUGAAUUUUUCGAUGCCGAGGAUCUUUCUGACAAAACCGCUACACUGCAACGUGGGGAUGACGAAAAAGACGAAGAAAGUGAGGUUCGAACAAGAUCAGAAAGUAGUUCAGAAGGUGAUUCAUUUUCUAGUGGUGAAGGAAGUAUUAGCUCUGAGUCGGAAUUGGGAGCGGAAUUACAUAAUCCUGUGUCAAGCUUAGAUACAGAGUUAGUUGAUCGGAGUUUAACUGGAAGACGAACGAUUUUACCUGUACCGAGACCGCAUACAGGAGGUUUGUCUUUGUGGAAUCUUCUCAGCAAAAAUAUAGGUAAAGACCUUUCUCAAGUAAGCAUGCCGGUGGCCUUGAAUGAACCACUAAACGCUCUGCAAAGGCUCUGCGAAGAACUAGAAUAUUCCGAACUGUUGGAUAGGGCAGCUAAUAUUGAAGAUCCAUAUGAGAGAAUGGUACAAAUUGCAGCGUUCGCAGUAUCAGCUUAUGCCAGUACGCCUAGUAGAGCUGGAAAUAAACCAUUCAAUCCUUUGUUGGGAGAAACAUACGAGUGUAUAAGAGAAGAUAGAGGAUUUAGGUUUAUUGCAGAACAAGUUUCACACCAUCCACCAAUCAGUGCCUGUUACGCUGAAAGUUCAAAUUUCACGUUUUGGCAAGACGCCCGUAUCAAAACGAAAUUUUGGGGUAAGAGCAUGGAAUUUCAGCCGGUCGGUUACGUUCAAGUGCUCCUACCAAAAACCGGCGAUCUUUAUAAAUGGAACAAAGUAACUACGUGCGUCCAUAAUUUGUUUAGUAAUCAACGCUGGGUGGAUCAGUACGGAGAACUGAAAAUUGACAAUGGAAAGAUUACUUGCAAAUUGACGUUUUCCAAGGCAAGCUAUUGGUCUUCAAAAAGACAUGAGGUCGUUGGUGCAGUUUACGAUGAAGGAGGAAAACCUGUACGUCGUUUAUUUGGCAAAUGGUCUGAAUCGUUAUACUGUGGAGUUGCUCCGUCGGCUAGAUGUAUUUGGCGCGCUGGUAAUUUACCAGAAAAUCAUGAACACUAUUACGGAUUUACCAGAUUUGCUAUUGAAUUGAACGAACUUGGACCCAAUACAAACGUUUUACCUCCAACAGACACUAGGUUUAGGCCAGAUCAAAGAGCUCUCGAAGAAGGCGAUUUAAAUACAGCCGAAGGAAUGAAACUCCAGCUAGAAAAUGCACAACGUGAUAGACGUAAACGACGCGAUGAAUUAAGCAUUCCCUAUGAACCGAAAUGGUUCUCGAAUCCUCGAAAUGACGUGUGGGAGUAUAACGGAAAAUACUGGGAGCUACGCGAGAAACCUGGUUUUAGCAAUUUGCAAUUCGAUUCCCUCUGGUGACAAUAACAAUUACUAUUUAUAAAUGUUUAACAUUAAAAGUUUAUUCUCCGUUAAAAAAAGGUAUUAAAGUUGUUAAAAAAUAAAUUACUGAGAUAGUAUGUAUUCAUAUUAAUGAUGAAGCUUUAAUAGUUGGCUGUAGUUGUUAUUAUUAUUUUGUUUUUAUUGUAGGGUCGAUAUGUUCAACAAUUAGGUUACGUGUAAAAUAUUUAUUUAUAUGGUAUUUUUUAAAUUUUAAAUGUUUUAAAGAAAAAAUUGUUGCACCGUUCGUGAUAACUGAAUUAGUAUGUAUUUUAUGGAAAAGGCAAUAAAUGUAACUUCUAUGUUUUGUUAAUAUUUGCUUGAAAUAAAAUGCAGAUUUAGAAACAUAAAUUAUAUAAUAAUAAUUGUUUUAGAAAUUUAUACAAAAUAAAUUAAAGAAAAAUAUAACAAUUUUAUGUGGCAUUAAAUUCUUACUAACAAAAGGUGCGCUCGAAAAACAUCUAAAGCAUAAUAUAUUAUAACAUAUAUUAAUUUUAAUUCAAAUAACGGUUUUUGCUGGCUGCCUUUUAGUUUUUGAGUGGGUCGAGGCUUUCCAAGGAAAAAUCGUCGUUUCCAAAACUGAUUCCUCUUGAAAAUCCAGC